AUGUCACUCGGUCGACUCACCAUCAACAUCAAUUCCCACAAGUCCGGUACCACCUGUCACGGCUCACCGCCAGACCAAACCACCAAAGGAAUCCACCAUCCGGUAUCCCUCACCAGAAACUGGCCAAAGCCUGACAUGUCUACAACACACAUGACAGUCUGGCUGUUGCUGUGUAGCUUAAUGGUUAGACAUUGCGCUUGGACUUCUGAGCACCCCUGUUCGAUUCAGGCUUAUUGCUACUUUUUCGUUCCAAAUUAUAUUCGUCUAUAUUUUUUCUGUAAUAAUGUUGUUUCCGAUCUGGGUUGGUCUUCCUUUUACUAUAACAAAGUCAAAAGUCAUUAUACUUUGGUUAAUGCUCAGGAAGAUGUUACUGCACAUAAAGAGGUACUGUGGUUAAUCAUCUUCAAAUUGUACGGAUUCAUCAAAAUAAUGUCCGACAAUUUCUUUUUUCUGUAA